AGUAGAGGCGCCUGGCCAGUGUCCGUCUCCUCCGGCGCGCCCCGGCUAGUUCCCUGGACGGCCGCUGCGCGCCGCUCCGAGCGCUGCCCGCGGCCCGCGCAGGGUCUCCACAGAGAGAUGACCGAGUCCAGCGAGGCCCAGGCGAAGAGAAAGGACCUGCCCAAGAUGGCGGCGCCCGACGGAGGCUACGGUUGGGUCGUGGUGUUCGCGUACUUCCUGAUCGUGGGCCCUAGCGCGACCACGCCGAUGGUGUUCGGUCUUGUCUACAGAGAUGUCUUCGCGGAGCUGAACCUUUCUCCGACCGAGAUAUCUGUCCUUCUGAAUAUCAACGCCGCGGUCGGAUUUGGCUUCGCACUGUUCAACGGACCCCUUAUUCGACGGUUUGGAUACCGCAAGAUGGCGGUUCUGGGGACAACGCUCAACGCGGGUGGACUUGUGUUUACAUCAGCUGCAGUUUCCUUAGUGCAGAUUGUGGUCGCAUAUGGCAUUAUCGCAUCCCUGGGGAUGGGGAUGAUGCUUCAGGCUUCGCAAGUGGCCAUCAACUCGUACUUCCAAGCGAGGAAGAGCAGGGCCAUGGGGCUCGCCAUGACGGCGGUGGGCGCCUGCGCGAUACUGCUGCCCCAGCUGAUGGUCGCCGUGAUGGGCAGCUACGGGUCCCGCGGGGCGGGUCUCGUCCUGGCCGGCGUGAUGCUGCAGGCCUUGGUCGGAGCCGCGCUGCUCCAGCCCGUCAGACACCACGCGAGGAGGCGCCGGCAACACGUGGACCCGCGGCGGCCGCCCGCACCGUCGCGAGAUGAAAUUAACAAGAAUGAAAACUUUGAUGAAGGAAAUGAAGUCAAUAAAUCUCAGAAUUUUACGAAAUCACUAAACCUGGUGCAAAAUGGAGGUACGGUGACCCAUGAUGAGAAAAUAGACAGCGAUACAGAACCGUUUAUUAAGCCUAAUAAUGAUGUUUCAUUAAAGAUGACACCCAUGUCGAGCAAAGAAGGGUCAGAAGAGACAACGGUGUUGUUGGCUUCACAUGGAGAUCAUCCGGAAGAUGGCAAAGCCAUAAAAGAAAACAAUGCUGAACCUAGUCGGCCACCACCGAGAAGAACAUUAACAUCAGACCGAAGUGACGGAGAUCAUAUUGAAAACAAAGGCAUCCUUGCAAUUUUUCUUUCGAAGAUUUCUACAGUUUUAGACCUGGGAAUUAUGACAAAUGCACUGUAUGCUAACGUGAUCGUGAGCAUGUCGCUGGCUUUUGCUUCGGAGACAAAUUUCUCGAUUAUGACACCUCUGAUCCUGGCUAGCAUGGGCUUCGAAGCUGGGCAAGUGGCCACGAUAAUGUCCUCCAUGGCGAUCAUCGAUAUAUUCGCCAGGUUACUGACUCCUUUCGCCAUGGAGAGACUAAAGAUCAACUUGAGGACUGUUUAUUUUGUCAGCAUCAUCUUUCUUAUUGUCUUCAGAUCAAUCCUAGUGCUGCUGAACAGCUUUAGGUCGGUGCUGGUCCUGGGGGCAGGCCUGGGCAUUGCCAAGGGCAUCAGGAACGUGUACACAAACAUUGUGAUACCUUCAUACGUGCCCAUCGAGAGGCUUGCAUCGGCCAUCGGACUGCACAUGGCCUUUUCCGCACUGCUGUUUCUGUCAUUCGGUCCUAUUCUCGGCAAGGUGGUAGAGGCGGCCGGGAACUACCACGCCUCUGUCCACACUAUAAACGGGAUCACCGUGGUGGCUGUGGCCAUGUGGCUGUGGGACCUGCUGGUCUCCGGCAGGCGGAGGUCACGUCCAGCCGCAGGGACCGCGCCUUGAAGAGUCCCGGCGGCUGUCGCGGCGAACAAGCAUGCUGUUGGCGUCCUCUUGUGAUCUUUCUGAGUGCUUAUAUUGUUGAUGGCUUUCGCAAUAAAUUAAAUGAACGAA